UCCGGAGUAUGGCUAGCUGUAGGAUGCAUGCACCUCGCACUGUGGGCUGAGCUUGAUCAUUGGGCAGCGAGGGCAACGUCACGGACGAUUGGUGGGAUGCCUAUGUGUGAUGCUGCUGGAAGGCGUGGGAGGCGUGGGCGUGGGUGUGGGUGUGUGUGGGAGAGGCUGCGGAAGAGGCUUUGUCGCAGCCGGGGUCCAUCAUCCACGGAAAGUACGCCAUGGUGCCACCGUCCCCGAUUCCAUCGAGCUUCUUGUAAAAGAGCAAAAUGACAAGCGGGGAGGUCAGUAACUCCUCCGUGACGUUAGAGUCAACGGCUUUCCCCUCUUCAGCGGGGUAUUGGCUCUUGAUGGAUUGAGUGAUUCAGGAUGAUCGUUAACGAACCAUAGCUAGAAGAAAGCAGGCCAAUGAGAAGACCGAUAAGCCCCCAAGAAUCUGAGUUACCCAAAACAGCAAAAGCAGGGUUCAUGGAGGCCUAGCACUAAGCCGCGAUAGGCAAAGGGCCAGGAGCCGAAGAUGGGGAUUUGACUUUUAGGUUUUUUGGCUGCAAGUGGAUUUGGGGU